GAGACACAUCCAAGUGGAGAAAGAUUCACUUUUUCUGUGUGAAACACUCCAAAGCCUCAAAAUGAGCCAAACAUCUGAGAAAGUUUAGCUGAGAGGAAGCAGAGGAAACGCUGACAGCUUCUCCUGGUUGGAGACAAAAGAAGAUGAAAACAUUCACAUGAAGCGGCUCGGCUCCUCUCCACCCCCGUCUCACAUCCACUGACUAUUCUUCAACUUGACAUCAUCCUUCCACAGACUGGAGGAGGACAGCGGAGCGAGAGGCGGCGGCUCAGCGCUGAGGGGGGAAGUGACAGCGGCUGAAACUUGGCGACCAGUGAGAUGAAAUUUGCGGCGGAGACGCUGGAGCGCAGCAGGAGCCGCCGUGCAACCAGAGAGCCGCGCCGGGCAGAGAGGCAGCCGACCCGGAGGAGGAGGAUGAGAGGGAUGGAGCUUCCCACCAGCUGCCAGCGGUGCGCUGUAGGACGCCGCCCCCCCCCAGCAUGUCCACGCUCCUCCUGAUGCUCUGGCAGAUUGGUCCAAGACAAAAACUGAAGACUUUUGCGGGGAAAAUGGUCAACGCUGUCUACAGUGAUGAGGAAAAGGGAAUUCAAGACAAGGAGAGUAAGGAGGAGAGCAUCUUGGCCAUGCUGGGCAUCAUUGGAACUAUUCUCAACCUGGUCGUCAUCAUCUUCGUCUACAUUUACACAACGCUGUAGGCCGCAAACUGCUAACCGGCGCCACCACGUCACGCUGCGCGCGCAGCCAGCCUGCAGCAGCUGCAGCAGCUGCAGCACAACCAGCCUGCAGCAGCUGCAGCACAGAAAAGAUGGGAGGAGUCAGACCGGAGCCGGGUUGGAGGCUGGGCGACGGCUUCAUGCAGAUCAUGCUGCAUCAUAAACCAUCCAGAUGAUCGGAUUGUUUCUGAUUCCUAUUAAAAAGUGCAUGAAACGUUGACGGUCUGCUGCUGUUGACGGUCUGCAGCUGUUGACGGUCUGCAGCUGUUGACGGUCUGCAGCUGUUUCCAGCUGCCGGACCUAAAGACUGCGCCAGGGAAAGACCGCUCAUGUUUUUGGGAAGAGCCAGAAUUUCAGUGACAUCAACAUAAUUGUUUUCAUCCUUCUAUAAAGGCUUUUAUGGGACAAAUGAAACAUUUCACAUCAACUUCUAUAAAAUCUUUGUUAAUAAUUAGUUUAAUUUAUAUGAAUUUGAGUCAUUUAUUGAACUGUUUAUUGAGAAAACGACUUUUGAAGCGAGCUGGAGCUGAAAUUCAUCCAUGAUGAAUCCGCCAGGCUUUGUGUUUGACAACAGCUGAAGAAAGAUGAGACUGAGCCAGAGACGUUUGUAGGAAACAGCAUGAUUAUCAUAUAUUAUUCAAGGUUUUUAUGCAUCUCUUUGACCUGUAAUGGUUAUCAAUAUUCUAAUAA